CGCACUAUUCCUUCGCCCGGCCGGUCAGAACGAGUCAGCACUCGCGGGGGAAACUGCCGCUUAGUGCGCGGGGGGGAAAAAAGCCAAGCCGUAACCGCCGAAGCGACCGACCCCCUUCGGUGGCUCCUUCUAGCGGUUCGAACCAGCCGGUUCCCCUCAGAGGUAACCGGCAAACGAGGCCGGUAAAGAGAAGCGGAGCCGGGGGCGGGCCGUCUUCGGCAUUAUUCAAGUUUCCGUGCCCGGCGCUGGAAUGGCUGUGCCCGAACUGGAAGGGAGCCGCGUCCCCCUAUGGUAAGCAGGACGGCUGGUGUUGCAGACCAUGGACUCACUGAGAUUUGCAGAGGUGUGAAAAUGUCGAGCGGCAACCGGUCCCUGGUGGUGGACUUCAUUUCCUACAAGCUGGCGCAGAGGGGCCACAGCUGGCGCGAGAUCGAAGGCGACGGCGAGAACCGGACGGAGCUGUCCGGCGAGAUGGGGGGCGGCGGCGGCGUCCUGAACGGCGGGAGCCCCUCUUGGCACCCCAGUCCCAGCCCGGUGGUCAACGGGGCGGCGGGCCACCCGAAUCUCCUGGAAGUCCUGGACAACGGCCCCCAGUCGGAUGUGAGGCAGACGCUGCGGGAAGCCGGGGACGAGUUCGAACUGCGCUACCGGCGGGCUUUUAGCGACCUGACUUCCCAGCUCCACAUCACCCCCAGCACGGCUUACCAGAGCUUCGAGCAGGUGGUGAACGAACUUUUCCGGGACGGGGUGAACUGGGGGCGGAUUGUGGCCUUUUUCUCCUUCGGAGGGGCUCUGUGCGUGGAGAGCGUCGACAAGGAAAUGCGAGUCUUGGUGGAGCGGAUCGCCACCUGGAUGGCGACGUACCUGACCGAACACCUGGAGCCCUGGAUCCAAGAUAACGGAGGCUGGGAGCGUUUUGUGGAUCUCUACGGGAACGACGCGGCCGCCAAGAGCCGGAAGGGCCAGGAGCGCUUCAACAAGUGGCUGUGGACGGGGGCGACCGUAGCCGGCGUGGUUCUCCUGGGCUCCCUCCUGAGCCGCAAAUAGCUAAGAGACUGACCGACUGACCAACCGCCCAUCUCGGCCGCCCGGCCCUACUCCAGCACUCUGCCCUCGGCCUCGUAAUCAUUCCAAGGGGGUGGGGAGGAAGGGGCCCCCCUCCCUCCAAGCAACUCACAGACCUCUUCCUGGUGCCUCCUGCCACCUCCUCGCCUCCCCCCCCCAAAAAAAAGACCCACAGUCUCUGGCUGUCCGUACGCAGACCCCUGGCUGGGGGCCUCCAACCCCCCCCCCCCCGACACACACAUACACACCAAUCCUCAAGGCCUCCCCCCUCCCCUUUCCAUUUCAAGGAGCCACUUCUGCAAAUUGCAAAUUAAUGUCGUUAAAGCUUCUCCUUGCCUUGUUCCUCAACGGACCCAUCUCCCCCUCCCCCCCGGGGGAGAAGGGGGGGAGGUAUUUGCUUUGGGGAGGAGCUGCUCCACCUCACCCACCCCACCCAGAAGGAUUUGACGAGUGAGACAAUGCCUGCCUCCUUCUCCCAUCCGCCGUUAAGUGAACCUCGGACUUUCCUUAACGGCUCUCUUUGACAACUACAUUUUGACAACUACCGGAACCCCCUUGACAACUACACAGCCUAUGCUCCUGGGACCGCAGGGGAGAGGGACGCCUUCCAGUGUGUGUGUGUUUCCACAGCUUUUGCCAGGAGGGGUACAAGGCACACACGGCCUCACAAAGCACGGCCUCCCGAUAUUGUUGCGUGGCGGUGCCGGAGGGCUGUCCUAAUAGCUAGUCAAUUCGGGGAGGGGGGCAAAGCUGCCCCUCCCAGCUCUUGAGUAGCAGGGGCAGGGUAGCUGGUGAGGAAGGGAUGCCAGCUUCCCCUUGCCUUGCAAAACCCGGCAGGUCUGCUCAGCCUCCCUGGCUUUGGCCCCCUACUCAGUUAUGGGUCCCGCUGUGCCAAGGACGGCGGCUGGGUGCCCCAGAACAGCCGUGGCUCAGACCCCUUAAAGCAGACAAACCCCCUUCCUCAAAAAAUGCCCUGGGAAGGAAUCCUGGAUUCUCCAGCGCUGGGGGUGGGGGGGAGCCUCGUUGGAGGCCUUCCCCCUCCCCAUCUGGCUGCGGGGUGGGGGAAGGGAAGGAGGGAGAGCAGGCGCAAGAUGUGGGAGGGGGGGGUCGGAGGGGGGCACGGUGCCUUCUCUGCUUCGAGAAGGUGUUUAUCAUCAGCUGCUAAUUGCAAGCCGGGCCCUCCGGGGACCCUCCUUGGCGUUUGCCCAAAGAUAUUCCAGGAAGAGCGGGCAUUGGGCGGGCCCUUCGGUGGUGGUGGUGGUGGGGAUGAGGAGAAGGGGAGGGGUGCCCUAUGCCUGGGGCGUGGGGGAAAGGCGUGGGGGCAGGACCAGGCAAGCGGGGGGGGGCGUUUCUGAGGCUCCGAGGAGCAAGGCAGGGCGGGGGUCAGGAUCUUAGCUGUUGUUUGGGGAGGUGGGGAGGGGGCUUCACUUCUCUUGAGGUUUGCCUGCAAGUGUUAGGUCAAUGGACAGAGUCAGGGAGGGGGUCUGAAGAUUUGGGGAGGGGGUAGCAGGUGUGUGGGAGGGACAGGAGAAGGGGGAUAGGGCAGGUGGAACUGGGGGGGCGGGCAAGCGAGAGAGACGGGGGUCUGGAUCUCCCUUGGGCUCUGCAGCAGCCUAGGGCACGGGGCAUUUUGGGGAGGGGGUGUCUUUUUCAUCCACCGCAGCACGAUAAGCCCCUAUCCGGGUCUUGGGGAAGGGGUCUUUCCCUGCGAGGUAGCAUGAUGGAGCCCCUCGCCCUUCGGAGAGCCCAGCCUUCCUCAGCAAGGGGCUCCAUCCCACCCACUCACUCCCCCCCCUGCAGAUUCAAAUGACCUUCCCUGUCCCCCCCUCCCCCGCCCUAGCCUGCCCCUCCCCACAGAAAAAGCCCAGGGCCCCCCUUGCAGCUUGCCUGCCCCCCUCCCCGAAGAGACACGACGAGAUCAGCUGUAUAUAUUGAAGACUAGUUUUUAUUCAGUUGUGAAUACAAUAAUACUAUUUUUGUUAACCGUAUGUCUGUAUUUAUGUGUUUUGGCUGUGCUUGCCCUCCCUCUCCGAGCCCCCCCCCACCCGCUGUGCCCCAUUUAACCCCCUCCCCUACCCCCUUUUUCGAUUGCAAAGGCAGCCUAUCAGGUGAGGGGUGGUGGGCUCCCCCAGCUCUCGCCCCCUGCCCCCCUUUUUUCCCAGUCCUUGUUGUCCAGGCCUCCGACGACCCCCUUAUUAGAGAAGAGAAGAAAAAAAAAAAAAAGAUGAAGGUGAAUUUGAAGACAGAUAAUAAAACAUGUGGUGUUUGAGCCGA